AUGGUAUAUUACGUUCGAUUUCUCAAGACGCCUCGGUUUCAGCAGCAGAAAAAGUCCAUCUUCAUUUCCGCCCUGAUCUGCAUCACCACGGAUCUUGGUGACGAUUUCCUCGCGGAAGAUGUGGAUUUGACCGCGAGCUGGAUUCAACAGCCCUCAAAUACGAUACGAUCGCAGACAGCCCUGCAAUGGCAAGCCGGGUCUCGUCAAUUGCCAGUCUUAUUGGGGCCGCUCACGUUGAGCGGAGCCGCCGCACAAACGGCUGUGUUGAAAAUUCAGCUUUCAAAUAUUGAGCGUGAUAUCUUACAGGAAGGCUCUCUGCCUCUGGUGAUAUCGGCAUAUAGUGCACCGUUUGGACCUCAGUGGGAGCCUGCCGAACCUCUGAUUCGACGAGACUUGAGCAUCCCCGGGAAUGUGCGACCUUUGAAUAUUUGGGAGGAAACGGGCAAUAGUAUUGCUCGGCAUAUAUGGGAUGCAGCUCUCGCCGCCGUUAUAUUUCUGGACCGAGUUGUGAGUGGUCAUGACACGACCAUGCCCGGCCUGGCGAAAUUAUUGACCCCCAACAAGACGCCACUGCGCGUCGUGGAGCUCGGCGCCGGGUGCGGUAUUGUGGGAAUCGCCUUGGCGACGAUGCACAGUAACUGCGAGAUCAUUCUGACCGAUCUCCCCGAGGUCGCCGAGAUUGUCACCCGGAAUAUCAACGACGCUGCACCCCGAGCUCCGGCAUCAAUCACAUUUCAGACGCUCGACUGGGAUGAGCCGGCCCCCGACCUGGCCCGUCGGCCGAUCGAUUUGAUCCUCGUGUCCGACUGUACCUAUAAUGCGGACAGUCUUCCGGCGUUGAUUUCUGUGCUUGGUCGCUUGGUUCAAGGGUCUCCCCGCGCUUUGAUCUUGGUGGCCCUCAAGCGGCGGCAUGAGAGCGAAGCCAUCUUCUUUGAUCUGAUGCGGGCUGCAGGGUUCGAGUCAUCGCACGCAGCCUUGUCGUUGCCGGCCCAAUGGGACCAAAUGGACUCGAUUGAAAUGUAUUGCUAUCACCAUCUUUAG